AUGACUCCAAAUACCUUCCUACAGUUUGUAAAGCUUCCCACUGAGCUCCGCAGCAUGAUCUGGAAAGUUGCGCUCCCCGAAAAGCCAAUCGGGCCGUUCUUGUACUCCUACAAGCCGGGAUACUGGAGCCCUCGACGACUAUUGGUCGACCCCGUCAAGUUCUCGAUGCCACUUCUGCUCGUCAAUCGUCAAGCCCGCGCCAUCGCAGAAUCCUGA